UCUUCCUCCCCUUCCUCCUCCCUCUCCCUCGUACUGCAGCCUGACUUUGACACAGCCGGCAUGUCUGCACACAGAGCCGCGCAGUGACGCACAGAAGACGACACGACCCGCUCCUGCACGCGCACAACUCUUGUUUUGCUUCUGUGCGCAGAGACGAGGACACGAGUGGAAAAGCUGCGAGUGGAGGCGUCUGUUCCAGGAAAACUACCAGCAGGUCUGUCCACAGAAACAGGAGACCCCAGAAGUGCUUCAUCAUGAAUUUUAUAAUGAAAGCUGCGAUGGGAGGAGGCCCCCCGGAUGUGGGCAAGAUGCUUGGGGGGGAAGAAAAAGAGGAAGAUCCUGAUGCAGCAAAGAAAGAGGAAGAGCGACAGGAGGCACUGAGGCAGCAGGAGGAGGAGAGGAAGGCCAAGUAUGCCAAAAUGGAGGCUGAGAGGGAAGUGAUGAGGCAAGGCAUCAGAGAUAAGUAUGGAAUAAAAAAGCGCGAGGAGGCCGAGGCUGAGGCGGCCGCCGCCGCAGAGGAAACUGCAGCCGGAAGCUUAACUCGACCCAAGAAAGCAGUGCCAGCCGGCUGUGGAGAUGAAGAGGAGGAAGAGGAGAGCAUCAUGGACACAGUGAUGAAAUACCUGCCAGGCCCACUACAAGACAUGCUGAAGAAAUAGGUUAGAAAGCCAAUGCUAACAUUCUAGCUCAGUUCAAGGGUCAUAUUUACAAAGUUGGAUUCCCCUGGGUUUUUUUUUCACAAAAUGAUUUUUUUGGAAAAUUUGGAGUCAUUUAAAAUUGACAAUAAUGUAGGAGAAAAAAAAUAAUUUGAGCCAACAUCGUGAAGUAUAUCAUUUAAAGCAUGCUAGGCUGAAAGCAGUGUUAGCUUGAUUGAUGCUAGUGUUAGCCGUUUAUACUUUAAAGCUAACAACAAGCAGAGGGCUAAAGUCAAGUGAAAAACAGUUUUGUGCUUCUUGUCUUGGAAGUUUGACAUGAUUUUUCUGUCCACUACAAAUGGUGCACGGCUGUCUUGCAGCACCAAAAUAAGAAUUCCACAUUCUAAUAAUUUGUAGAUAAAUAAGUAAAUUAGCAAGCCUCCCAGGGGGAAGCGAUCUAAAAUAUUACAAAUAAAGAAUAUUCUUUGUCUCUGUUGCUUAAACAAUAAAAAGUGGUAACUUGAUAAGCCAUAUUUAAAAAAAGUACAUUUAAACUGCUGUUAUUUGUUCCACCAUGUCUGAAAUGUACACGUCUUUGCACACACUGUUCCACAUUCUGGAGAUGCUGGUCUCUCAGUCACACUUGUUCUACAUUCAUGUGAUAAAUGUCCAAAUAGAAAAGUGUUUAAAAAGGUUUGUAUUUCCCUUCUCUGUACCACUUUUUUAUGUCUUGCAUGCCAUUAGUCCAGACAGUUUGUUGUGUGAAGAUGUAUUCCAGUUUAUGUACUUUAUCGAGCAAAAAAAUUGAAGGCAAUAACUCCUAAGUUUGUGUUUCCACUGUCCUGUUGGUAGAGUCUAACUGUUGAUAACAUAACUACUAGACAAUAUAUGUGUAUGUAUUCAGGAACAAAGAUGGUCAUUUUGCAGGGUUUUCAUUGUUUCGAUGGAAAAUAACUGCACAGCAGCUAAAAUGUUAAGCUUUUAGCCAUAAAACCUGACCGUGCAGUAUGUAUAAUAUUGGUGUGUGGAACUAUGAGAACGGGCCGAACUCCAGAAAAAGUAGGGUUGGAAUUCACUUCAUAGAAAGAUACUAGUAGUAGUAGAAACUACUUUUCCUUUAACAUGCUUACAAACUGUAAAGUUAUAAGUUCAGGUUGUCUACUGGUUUGUUUCAAGCAAUAGUAAAAAAAAUAUCACAUUUUUGGCCUAAAUGAAGGUGAUGCAGAACAGCAACAACAAUAAAGGAUGAAUACAUCUGUCUGUCCUUGAGAGUCAACUAAAAUUAAACUUUGUUCACUAAUCGAA